UUGACUCCAAAGUAUUUGCUCUCAAUACAUUUUGUACACAUUUAUGUAUGUAUUUAUAAAUAAAUAAUAUUUUAUGCAUAAAGAAAAAAGAUUUAAAUAUUUAAUUAAAUCGUAAAUAAAUAUUUAUAUUUUUUGUCAAUAUAAUAAUAUAAUAUAAUCAAUAAAUUAUAAGUGAAUCAUUUACAAUUGAAAACAAAGUUGUAUAAUGAACAAUUGAUGUAUGAACUCAUGAUUGUUUUUGGUUUAAGAAGAAAAUUACAAAUUAAAACUAAGGCAGCUUUGAGAAAAUAAAAAUUAUGAAUAAAUUUAAAUUAAUAUUUAAAAAUUCUCAUUCCCGUUUACUGAAUACAGUCAGUACUAUCAAAAAACAAAAUCCAUCUCAAUAUUGUUUACAACUUGUAAGGAAAAACGAUUAUGAGAAUUAUUUGUGCUCUCUUUUAUUACCCAAAGACAUUCGAUUAACUGCAAUUGCUAUUCGAGCAUUUAAUGUAGAAAUAGCAUUGGUUCAAGAUCACACACGUGAACCAACAAUAGCCAAUAUGAGAUAUGCUUUUUGGAAUGAUACAUUGUCUAAAAUAUAUGAUAAUAAUCCUCCUGAAGCUCCUGUACCACUUGAAUUGAAUAGAAUUUUAAGAAUUCAUAAAUUGUCAAAACGAUAUUUCCAAAGGUUAUUAGAUGCUCGAUGGAAACAAUCAAAAUCGGAUUUAUUUUUAGAUUUAUCUGCUAUUGAACAGUAUGCAGAAGAAACAGUAUCACCAAUUUAUUAUUUAUUAUUAGAAAGUAAAAAUAUUAAAGAUAUUCAUGUAGAUCACAUGGCUAGUCAUUUAGGAAAAGCGCAAGGUAUAAUAACGUUGAUUAGAUCGAUUCCUUAUCAUGCACAAAAACGAAUUAUGGUACUUCCUCAAGAUAUUUUACUAAGGCACAGUGUUUCUUCAGAAUCUGUGUUCAGAGGAGAAUCUAGUAAGGCCUUAAAUGAAGUAAUUUUUGAAGUUGCAUCUAGAGCUAAUCAACAUUUAGAAAAGGCUGAUUCGAUAAGAAAAAAUAUCAAACAUAAUUUAUCACAUAUUUUUCUACCGGCAGUAAAUAUUGCAAAGUAUUUAAAAAGAUUACAACAUUCAGACUUUAAUGUUUUUGAUUCGAAGCUGUACAAAAAACAAAAUAUGCUGCCAUUUCAUUUAUAUUACGCUAAAUGGUUUUCUCCUUGGUCGUUAUAAAUAACUGACUUGUUAAGAUAUGUAGAAUAAAUAAAUUUGAUUUAUUUUCAGUGUAAAAGAGGGUAUUUCGAUGUUAGUAUAUCCACUUUGAGUUAAAGAAAAAUUAACUCAAGAUAAAAAUUGUUAUGAUUACAAUAGUUGUAAUUUAUUAAACAAAAACAAUAUAAG